AUGUCCCCUGCAGAGAGAUUCGAAACUUUUGCGAAGUCACCACCUGAAAUUCUGCCCCACGCACCUGGGCUGGUCCCUCCCGUCACCAGUGUCUCCAGGCCCCUCGCGCUGGGGCUGACGCACCUUCUCAGGGCCUUGGCACGGCAGUGUCCCUGCGGGUCGCAGUGCUGUCCGCCCUUGUGCCGGGGAGGCCCUCCGCUCCCGGUCAUUCACGGAGGAGAGGCCGGGGAGGGGCAGGACAACGGGGCGGGGCUUAGCAACCAAAGUCCCCUACCUGGGAAGGCCCUGUCCCAGGUGCGCGUGCGACUGGGGCGGGAGCGCGCGCUGCGCCUCCCCCGGGGAGCGGCUCCCCGCCCCGCGCCCUGGGCCAUCUGCUUGGACUUUGGACAUGGACUUCACCUGGAGAUCUUAAACACAAGAAGUGGGAAUAAGUUGUCUCCUAAACACACGCUAGUGCGGCAAAAGCGAGCCUGGAUCACUGCCCCCGUCGCUCUUCGGGAGGGAGAGGAUCUCUCCAGAAAGAAUCCAAUUGCCAAGAUACAUUCUGAUCUGGCUGAAGAAAGAGGACUGAAAAUUACCUACAGAUACACUGGCAAAGGAAUUACAGAGCCACCUUUUGGUAUAUUUGUUUUUAAUAAAGACACUGGAGACUUGAACGUUACCAGAAUUCUAGAUCGAGAAGAAACACCAUUUUUUCUGCUAACAGGUUAUGCUUUGGAUGUGAAAGGAAACAACCUUGAGAAACCAUUAGACCUACGCAUUAAAGUUCUUGACAUCAAUGACAAUGAGCCAGUGUUCACACAGGAGGUCUUUGUUGGCUCUGUUGAAGAACUGAGUGUAGCACAUACACUGGUGAUGAAAAUCACCGCCACCGAUGCAGAUGAGCCCAACACAAUGAAUUCCAAAAUUUCCUACAGAAUCGUAUCUCAGGAGCCCGCCUAUCCCCCAGUGUUCCACCUAAAUAAAGAUACCGGAGAAAUUUAUACAACCAGUAUUACUUUGGACAGAGAGGAACACAGCAGCUAUUCUUUGACAGUAGAAGCCAAGGAUGGCAACAGAGAAAUCACAGAUAAGCCAGUCGCCCAAGCUCAAGUUCAGAUUCGCAUUUUGGAUGUCAAUGACAAUAUACCUGUGGUAGAAAAUGGAAUGUAUGAAGGAGUGGUGGAAGAAAACCAAGUCAAUGUGGAAGUUAUGCGUAUAAAAGUAACUGAUGCAGAUGAAAUAGGCUCUGAUAACUGGCUGGCAAAUUUUACCUUUGCAUCAGGAAAUGAGGGGGGUUACUUCCACAUAGAAACAGAUGAGAGAACCAACGAAGGGAUUGUAACCCUUAUUAAGGAAGUUGAUUAUGAAAAAAUGAAGAAUCUUGACUUCAGUAUCAUUGUCACCAAUAAAGCAGCUUUUCAUAAAUCCAUUAGGAAUAAAUAUAAGCCUACACCUGUCCCCAUCAAAGUAAAGGUUCAAAAUGUGAAGGAAGGCAUUCAUUUUCAAACCAGCACCAUUUCAGUCCGUGCCAGCGAAGGGAUGGAUCUGUCAACCCAAAGCAAAGUAAUCGGAAGGUUUCAAGUGUUUGAUGAAGACACUGGACAGGCAGCCAGAGUGAAAUACAAGAAAUUGGAAGAUAAAGACAAUUGGGUCUCUGUGGAUUCUGUCACAUCAGAAAUUAAACUCAUAAAAGUUCCCGAUUUUGAAUCAAGAUACGUGCAAAACGGCACAUACACUGUAAAGGUUGUGGCUAUCUCUGAAGAUCAACCUAGCCAAACCAUCACUGGCACGGUCAUUAUCACAGUUGAGGACAUCAAUGACAAUUGCCCCACACUGGUAGAGCCCGUACAGAGCAUGUGCGUAGACGCGGCCCAGGUGAACGUGACAGCGCUGGACCUGGAUGGCUACCCUAACAGUGCGCCUUUCAGCUUCUCCAUCAUUGACAUUCCACCUGGAACCACAGAAAAAUGGAAAAUAAUCCACCAUGAAAGUACCAGUGUGCUGCUGCAGCAGUCCCAGCAAGAGCUGGGGAGAAGUGACAUUCAGUUCCUGAUUUCAGACAACCAGGGCCACAGCUGUCCUGAAAAGCAGAUCCUUACCGUCACGGUGUGUGAGUGCCUUCACGGCAGCGGCUGUGUGGAAGCCCAGCACGACAGCCACUUUGGCCUGGGAGCGGCAGCCAUUGCACUCAUGAUUUUGGCCCUUUUGCUCCUGCUACUUGUGCCACUUCUGCUGCUGGUAUGCCAUUGUGGAGAGGGUGCCAAAGGCUUCACCCCCAUCCCUGGCACUAUAGAGAUGCUUCACCCUUGGAAUAAUGAGGGGGCACCCCCAGAAGACAAGGUGAUACCAGCACUUCUGGCCGUGGAUCACGAGGAGAACACAGCAUUAAGAAAUGGAGUCGGAGGCACAAUCACCAAGGAGGCCAUCAUGAAAGGAAGCAGCUCUGCUUCUUUUACCAAAGGGCAGCAUGAGUUGUCUGAUGUGGAUGGACGAUGGGAAGAACACCGAAGCCUCCUGACUGGUGCAGCAACCCAAGUCACAGGGACUACAGGAGCCUUUGUAGGCCAAGAAACUCUGAGGACCUCAGGAGCCACAGGGGCCUCCAGGGACAUGGCUGGAGCUCGGGCAGCUGUUGGUGCAGUGAAUGAGGAAUUCUUAAGGAAUUAUUUCACUGAUAAAGCAGCCUCCUACACUGACAAUGAUGACAGUCACAUGGCCAAAGAUUGCCUGCUGGUUUAUUCACAGGAAGAUACAGAUUCUCUACGGGGCUCCAUUGGCUGUUGCAGUUUUAUUGAAGGAGAGCUAGAGGACCAUUUCUUAGAUGACUUGGGACUUAAAUUCAAGACACUGGCUGAAGUCUGCUUAGGCCAAAAAAUAGAUAUGGAUAUGGAAAUGGAGCAGAAGAAAAUCCCCAUUAAAGAAACAAACAGGAGCACAGCUUCCCGAGCACAGCAUGAGCAAACCCUGGUUAAUUCAGAAAAUAGCUACUCCUCUAGCAGCAGCUUUCAAGUCCCAAAACCUAUGCAUGGAGCACACACAGAGAAAGUAACUCAGGAGACAGUCACUGAAACAUCUGUGUCUUCCAGGCAGAGUCAAAAGAUAGUGCCACCUCUUCCUGACCCCAGGGCUUCUGGGAAUAUCAUAAUGGCAGGAUCUUCCUAUGCCACAAGCUCUACUCUGCCAACAGGCACCGUGAUCCUGGGUCCAGGACAACCUCAGAGCCUUAUUGUGACAGAGAGGGUCUAUGCCCCAGCCUCCACCAUGGUAGAUCACCAUUAUGCUAAUGAAGGGAAUGUUGUGGUUACAGAAAGAGUGAUCCAGCCCAAUGCAGGUGUCCAGAACCCUCUGGAAGCCACCCAGCAUCUUCAAGAUGCUCAUUAUGUUAUGGUAAGGGAGAGAGAGAGCAUCCUUACUCCCAGUUCAGGGGUACAACCCACUGUAACCACACCCAACAGGCAGAAUGUGAUGGUGACAGAAAGAGUGCUAACCCCUGCUGCUGUGCUGCACUCCAGUUGCCAGAUGCCCACGGAAGCCUCCAUAAAAGUUAGAAACACUGUGGUUUCUGCAACUGGAGUCCCAAGCACUUCUGCUUUUGUAGAAUCUGGUAAUUUUAACUCUACCAUGACCACAGCUUCUUCCAGAGUCACCAAGCACAGCACUGUGCAACACUCUUAGUCCUAAAUAGCAUUCAGUCACAGACUCACCCAGAAUGUAACUAGCAGUGACUGGCUGAAUGUUGUCCAUGUUCCUGACCUUUCAGGAAACCUGCAGAUCUGUAGACAAGAGAUAAUUAAACUUGAACCUCUUCUCAGUCAUUGAUCUGCACAGAGCCACACUGUCUCAGCUCCCAUUGGUAUAUUUGAAAAAGGCUUCUUGAUACCCUGAAGACAGACAGAUGAUGUUGUUUCUUU